AACUAAAAAUCGUUUACAGUUUCUUCAGUACAGCCAAAGUGAAACACACGGAAAGCUACGGAGCACACGAGGUAGCGUUAGCUCCUCUUAGAAGGUAGUUUGAAAACAGGUUUGGUGUUUUAGGUAAAUAUUUCCGUGUUUUCAGUAAAAAUGUCUUCAGUUCAGCCUCAGAGAGAGUUUAUCAACGAGCAGGAAACUCCUGGUGAAGAAACAUUGACCGAGUUAAAUGAAAUUAACAUUAAGAUCGAAGAAAAGAUGGAGGAUCAGCGCAGACUGAUGGAUUUUACCAGGAUACCGAAGAUCUUCUUACACCGGAUAGAUCUCCCACAGUGCUGGGUGUGUAAAGAGGAGGAGGUUCUGAAUGAAUUCAGCUACCAGGACAGGAAGUCCAGUUCAUAUAAAGAAGAACCAGAACAUCAAGAGUUCAAAGAGGAAGAGAAGCCACUCAGCAUCAGUCAGGAUGAAGAGCAGAUUGUGGUGAAACAGGAGACUGAUGACAUUUUGGUGAAUCCUCCUAAUGUGCAAAGAAUCCACAAUGAAACAGAACCACAGAGGAACCAACUCAUCUCUCAUGGUUCUGCUGAGGAUGAGAACCAGGAUCAGGAAGGAAGCAAAUCUGAAGACCCAGGAAAAAAGAGAGGCGAAGAACAGAAACAAAAGGAGAAUUACAAGAAAACCAAACAGCAGAAAGGCAGAACUGACACUGAAAAACAAAAAAAGCACAAGAAAGCUCACCCAGGGCAAAAAUCAUAUUCUUGUAAAAUUUGUGAUAAAAUCUUUUCUCAAAACGGUAACAUGACGAGACACAUGAGAACACACACAGGAGUAAAACCUUUUACAUGUUCAACCUGUGGAAAAAGUUACAGAGAAAAGGCUGGUUUAAUUUUUCACAUGAGAAUUCACACAGAUGAGAAACCUUUUUCCUGUGGGACCUGUGGAAAACGUUUCUUCCAUAAAAGUACGUUAAAUAUUCACAUGAGAAUUCACACAGGUGAGAAGCCUUUUUCAUGUGGGUCCUGUGGAAAGAGUUACAGUGAAAGAAGCGCUUUAAAUCGUCACAUGAAAAUUCACACAGGUGAGAAGCCUUUCUCUUGUGGGACCUGCGGAAAAAGUUUCUCUCGAAAAGAACAUUUAAAUGGUCAUAUAAAAGUUCAUACAGGUGAGAAGCCUUUUUCCUGUGGGACCUGUGGAAAGAGUUAUAGUGAAAGAAAGACUUUAAUUCAUCACAUGAGAAUUCACACAGGUGAGAAGCCUUUCUCAUGUGUCAGCUGUGGAAAAAGUUUCAGGCAGAAAUCACAUCUACUUAAUCACAUGAUUAUUCAUACAGGUGAGAGGCCUUUUUCAUGUGGGACUUGUGGAAAGAGAUGCACUCAAAGAUGGACUUUCACUCAUCACAUGAGAAUUCACACAGGUGAGAGGCCUUUUUCAUGUGGGACCUGUGGAAAAACUUUUGCUAUAAAACAAACUUUAAAGAAGCAUAUGAUGAUUCACACAGGCAAGAAGCCUUUCUUAUGUGGAACUUGUGGAAAAGGUUUCAGGGUCAAAACUCAUUUACUUUGUCACAUGACGACACAUACAGGUGAGAAGCCUUUCUCAUGUGGAACUUGUGGAAAAGGUUUCAGGAUCAAAACUCAUUUACUUUGUCACAUGACGACCCAUACAGGUGAGAAGACUUUCUCUUGUGGGACUUGUGGAAAAAGUUUCUCUCGAAAAAAUGCUUUAAAUUGUCAUAUGAAAAUCCACACGGGUGAGAAGCCUUUCCUGUGUGAGAAUUGUGGAAAAAGUUUCAGGAGGAAAUCACAACUACUUGAUCACAUCAGGGUUCACACGGGUGAGAACCCUUUCUCUUGUGGGACUUGUGGAAAAAGUUUCUCUCGAAAAGAUGCUUUAAAUAGUCAUAUGAAAAUCCACACGGAUGAGAAGCCUUUCCCGUGUGAGAAUUGUGGAAAAAGUUUCAGGAGGAAAUCACAACUACUUGAUCACAUGAGGAUUCAUACCGGUGAGAAACCGUUCUCAUGUGGGACCUGUGGAAAGAGUUAUAGGAAUAGAAGUAGUUUAACUCAUCACAUGAAGACUCACUUAGAUGAGAAGCCUUAGACCCAAAACACCUUGGAACCAUUUUAGCAUCCGAUCCAAUAGAAAAUCUCGUCGAAUGAUGUACAGAGCAACUAGACCACCUUAAUAUCAACAGGGCCUUAAAGGCUGCUAUGAUUCCCUGUGAUUGCUUUCUCUUUAGCUCUCAGCGAAAGCAGAUCAUUUUCUCUUUGCUCCCUUAUCUAUUCCUCCCCAACUUCACUUGCUCCGUUUAUGUGCUGGCUUUUUAGGAGUCUCUCUUUGCACAUCCUCUGAAUCUACAACUAAUGGAUCUGGUUAACUGGUCUCUCAAUAAUGCAGUUAAUCAAACUUUCUCAACAAAAAGACUGCACAGGAGAGCCCACUCAUCCUUCAGGGACACACCUGAUGGGAUACAUCCUGGAUUUAUUCAGAUUCAUGAUGACAGGAUUUCAGCUUAUGGAUUCCUGGAAUAUUGACAAGUUUGUGAUGGACUUGGGCCAACUAGCAAACACUGUAGGGCAGUUGUAAACAAAUAUUUUAGUAAUCGAGUAAUCUAUUGAUUGUUUUUAUGAUUGGAUUAAAAAGAUUGGUAUUAGAGAUUUUUGUGUUAUCAUUUUCAGUCUAAUGCUAAUCAAUAAUUAAUCAACAUUCAGUCUACUGUUAAUCGGUAAUGACAUACGGUGCUUAAACUUUUUGAUUGCUGUGUCGAAUAUCUGUGUUCCUGAGAACUGAUUGUUCCCUCCAGAUUCUGCUCUCAAGGGAAAGAGCCUGAUGACCUGUGUGUUAGAUUGAGCUGCCAUCUGUCUUGUUUAUCUUUUCCGACUAUUGUUUUCCCAAAUAAAAGGCUCUAGAGAGAGAAGUCAGAACACUCUGUGAACAACUCAGGAGAGCACAGCCUCUCAGGGUGGUGUCUGCAAAAUCAUUGGCCCAGCGUGCUGUACUUUUGCUCCGGACGAAACAGGAACCGGUGGAACUAUUUCUGAUGCUCUAUAUGAACUGGAGGAGCUUAAAAAUUACAUGGAAAGUGGAACGCAGGGAUCAUCUUCCUUUGAUCUUCUUUCUUUGCUCACUUCUGGACCAUGGUGGAGUUUACUGCUGAAGAUUGUAUCACCACUUCUGACUGUAUUGAUUCUUUUUUGCCUGUUUACAGGCUGCAUUAUUCCAUGCCUUCGAAGUCUGAUGCUAAAGACAUUUAACACUGCUGUGGUCAACUAUCAGCUGGUGAAAAUAACCUGACACAAAUGAAGACAACUUGUUUGAAAUUUGUGGUGAUGAAGUUCUGUAAUCAAUAAACAGAUGAAUUCAUUUGCUGAAUGAUUCCUACACCGAAAAUGUGAAAACGAAUGGUGUUGGUGAUGAGAAAACUGCAUUUGAUUUUUUGCUGUUUCUUUUAUUUUUUCAUUUAUUUCGUUAUAUUCAUUUAUUCAUUGUGUAAUU